GCUUGACGCUGCUACUACGAUUGGUUCAGGAGCAAAAAUGCCGAAUGUUGAACACCUCGGCACCCGAUAGCCUGGUCAACGUCAUGGAUGGCUGGCUUAUCUUUUGCUUUUGCUCUCCACUAAGCUAAGCUGACAAACGCUCCCCCCCCAUCGACUCUUCAACCGGAGGAACAAGGCCAUUGGCACUUCGGAAUCAUGAGUGAAACUUCGCUCCUGUCAAGGUGUUUCUAAAAUCCCACCGGAUAAACUGGAUCAGAACAACCUCUUUCCCCCUUGCUUCCUUAUUACAUACUAAUCACAUCUCCCUCCAAAACUACACCUGGCAAAACGCGGGCCGAACCUACAUAAAAUCUUAAUUACAAGAAUUAACAUCUAUAACUGUCAAUGCCCUUUUACCAGAAAUGACCAAUCAAGCAAACUCUUCCGUCGAUGCUGAUGCUGGCGGGCAACUGCGAAGCAGGCCAGUCGUACCUGCGCAGAAUCAUCCCCGAAACACUGGUGAAGAUGACUCCAAAGGCCCGGCGCAAUUGCGCGUCCACGAGCAGACGCCCUUACUUCAACGAACGAGCGAAGAAGGUGAUCAUGAAGGCUUAGACUCAUCCAGCCAGGAUUCAGCGGCGUUGAAUGCUAGCCUCUGGGGAUCUCGGACAAAAGCAAGUGUGCGUGUUUAUCUUCAGUGCAGUUCAGCAGAAAGUGUCGCAUUCUGAUUCGACCAGGUCUUUUGGUUAUUCCCAUUCCUACUCUUGUAUAUGUUAGGCUUCGGCGGUGCUGCGGUUCCGAAGAUUAACCUGAUGGUCUCUCUCACCUGCAGAGACUACCUGGCCAAAAGAGCCUCUAGCGAUCCUGGAUUUACGUACUUGCCUGUUCUUCUUGGUCAGGACAACUCUCAGUGCCAAAUACCGGAAGUACAGUCCCUCGUUGCCCGCUUCCAAUUGUAUUACAAUCUGGUAGUAGGCUUGCUGUCAGCACUGAUUAGCCCUCAAUUGGGCCAUUUAUCGGAUCGCUAUGGCAGAACGCCUAUGAUAGCUGUGAGUGCAAUUGGAACAGUACUAGCAGAGAUAAUUACCGUUAUCGUGGCUGCAAAUGCAGAGCGAGUAUCGAUAUACUUACUGCUUCUGGGCGCUACGUUUGACGGCUUAGGAGGUUCAUUUACCGCUAUAAUGGCCCUGAGCACCUCGUACGCCUCUGAUUGUACCAUUCCGGGGAGACGCAGUGUAGCUUUUGGGUACCUGCAUGGCGCCAUCUUCACUGGAGUUGCAGCUGGACCGUUCCUUGUGGCUAUGCUUAUGAAGAAGACACAUGAUAUAAUGAGUGUAUUCUGUUCUGCGCUGGCCCUCCAUGUGCUUUUCUUCUUUGUAGUCUUGCUCGUCAUACCAGAGUCACUGUCUAAGGAGCAAAAACAGAGAGCCCAAGAAAAACAUGAGGUGAAGCUCGCCCAUCAAGAAGAUAUAGGUUGGUUAUCGAUGACAUUUUGGAACCCGAAGAAAAUCAUCGCGCCUCUGGCCGUCCUAUUUCCACCAGCUGGGCGGCCUAGCACUCUAUUCCCUAAUUGCGGGGGUGCCAGUCCGGUAUUGCGAAGAAACAUCAUCCUCCUCUCUGUGAUCGAUACGCUUCACCUCGGUAUGGCCCUGGGCACGUCACAGAUCAUCAUUAUCUAUGCGGGAUACAUGUUCGGCUGGGGAAAUGUCGAAUCAAGCAUGUUUGUUUCCAUCAUCAGUUCCGUCCGCGUCCUCAACUUCUUUAUUGUGCUCCCCAUAAUCACGCGAAUCUUCCGCGAGGAACCAAGGGAGGACCUGGUUAUCUCUGGUUCCGGUGCACUUGAUGUCGUCCUUAUUCGUGUCUCGAUUCUGCUGGAUAUGAUUGGGUUUACAGGAUUUGCACUAGCAAAUCACGGCUCGCUUUUGAUUCUGUCGGGAAUCGUUACAUCUUUAGGGGGAAUGGCCGCACCGGUGUUGCAAUCCUCUCUUACCAAACACGUACCCCGCGAUCGCAUAGGACAGAUUCUCGGGGCUAAAGGCCUUCUACAUGCUAUUGCUAGAGUAAUAGCCCCUUCCAUCUGCAGCUUCAUAUAUAGUGUGACGGUUGGUAAGUUCUCACAGGCAGUGUUUGUAUGCCUGUCAUUUGUGUUUGGGAUUGCAUUCUGUUGCACCUUGUAUAUCAAGGCACAUGCUCGACUUGAUUUCGACGAUCCAAGAACUCAUUAUACCGAAACCAACGACUACAGGGAAGCCGUUGAGGAUGAACUUUUACCUUAAUAUAUAGAAGAUUCAUGAUAUCCUGAUAUUUAUUUUGUGAUGUAUCUUGGGAAGCAGAUCCUCCUGUCUGCAUUAAACCUGUGUUAGAUAUGAAAUAUAUGCCAUAGUUUUCACUCUGAAGCUAUCUCCCCAGCUCUAGUAGUCCUUGCUAGCAAAGGAGCCAUACCUGACGGUCAUGUACAGGAGGUCUCAUACAAAAAAAAAGGGGGGGGAAAGAAAAACAAGAAAAGAAAAGAAAAUAAAACUGCUUGUGCUCUUCUCAAGCCCAUCCACACGCGAAUGACUAAACAGGAACAAAUUAAAGUCACGUGAUUAGGAAAUGGGUUCACCCGGAAAGGAACGAAUGGGACCACAAGCAGUACGGCGGCCGGGAGAAACCAAUGCUACUUGCAAACUUUCCGCCGAAAUUCAUCUAUCUCAAAACUUCGACCGUCAAUUGCGAUAGUUCCCC